AUGCCGAAACCUCAAUAUUCCCAAAAAAUUAGGGAUUCUUGGCUUCAAGAUCCCGAUUUAAAAGAAUGGCUUCAAACAGUGGAAAGUACCACUGGCCAAGUAGCAAAAUGCAAGUUUUGUGGAACGAUAUUAAGAAGUCACUACGGAGAUUUAAAAACACAUGCUCUUUCGAAAAAGCACCAACAAAAUAGAAAGGUUAUCACCAAACAACCUAAGCUGACAUUCAAAAAGGAGUCCACUGAUAAUAAAAAGAAAGAUGAAGCCAGAGUUGCAUUAUUUACAGCAAUGCAUACAAGUAUACGAACAGUCGAUCAUUUAGGAGAAGUUAUUAACUAUAGCCAUGAAAAAGAAAUAAAUAAAAUGUAG